AUGGAGCGAUAUUUUAAAAAAAUAUCGGAUGUUACUAAGCCAAUAAUUCCACCAAGAAAUCAAGCAGAGAAAUUAAAUGUUGAGGUGGAAUCAAGCGAUCAACCUACUAUUCAUGUUUCACUGAUACCAAUUGAGAUGGAGAUUGAUUUAGAUAACCUUCCCAGCGAUCCUGGAUUACGACCAAAUAUAAUGAGUUAUUCAUCUGACGUGAGAGAUCAAGUUCGUAGAGAAUAUUUAUUAAAAGGACCAUGUCAGCCGCGACAACAUAUUUUUCCUCAAAGGAUGGAUGGAAAUCGAAAGCGUAAAUUUAUUGUCACUUGGUUUGACGAAUUCAAGCCUUGGUUGGAAUAUAGUAUCGCAAAAGAUGCUGCAUUUUGUUUAUAUUGCUAUCUUUUCUCAGCUGGCCGCAGCGAAAGGGGCCAUGAUGCUUUUGUAACAGAAGGUUUCAGUGCCUGGCGCAAGAAGGAAAGGCUGCGAGACCAUGUUGGAGACCAUGACAGUGAUCAUAAUAAAUGUAGGUUGACUUGUCAAAAUUUGAUGAAUCAAGCUCAGCACAUUGAGGUAUGUUUUUCUAAACAAUCCGAACAAGCAAAGCUUGAUUAUCGUUGUAGAUUGAAUGCAUCGAUUAUUUGUCUACGCUGCCUUAUGAUGCAAGGAUUGGCUUUUAGAGGGAAUGAUGAAACUGAAAACUCACUGAAUCAAGGGAAUUUUAUCGAGCUUCUAAAAGUUAUUGCUUCAUGCAAUGAGGAUAUCAAUAAAGUUGUUUUAAGUAAUGCUCCUGAUAAUCUUAAACUUACAGCUCCUCAUAUACAGAAAGAUAUUAUCAAUGCAGCUGCAAUUGAGAUAAUAAAUGUUAUAAUUGGAGACAUUGGGAAUAGUUUUUUAUCUAUUCUAGUUGAUGAGUGUCGAGAUGUAUCAAUUAAAGAGCAAAUGGGAAUCGUUAUUCGGUAUGUCAACAAAAGUGGAUGUAUUAUUGAACGUUUUCUUGGCCUUGUGCAUGUUAAUGACACAAGUGCUGCAUCACUUAAGAAAGGCAUCGAUUCUUCGUUAAGGUGUCAAAACUACAGUUACAAGAAAUGA